CCCCCUGCCAUGUCCGGCGCGCCGCCCGUCGUCGCCGCGACGUACGCCGGCUCCGAGACGCUGCUCGACUCGCGCCUCUUCGGCCACCUGCUCGGCGCGCUGCAGGCCCAGCUGCCGCUGCGCAACCUGCACUGGAAGCCCUCGCCCGCCAGCAGUUUCUACGCGGGCGCUGCGCCGGCGUCCUCUUCCUCGUCACUCGGCAGCGGCAAUGCCAGCGCCAUCCGUACCAUCCAGCAGCUGCCGCUGCGCUUGCAGCCGCUGGCCGACGAGCUGCUGCGUGCGCGGCUGAAGCCCGAGACGCGGCACCUCGUGCUCAAGAGUCUGCUCGAGCGGCCCUUUGUGCACCUCUACUUCGUCGUGUGCGAUGACAAUGAGGCGUACCGCACGUCCAUCCGCAACGACAUUCGCUCGUGGAUCGCGUCGGUGCAGUCGCUGCCCUCGCUGCUUGGCGGCUCAGGGCCGGCAUCGGCUGUACCGGCACAUGCUCGCGAGUCGUCUUCUCGGCCCGGGACGCCGCGCUCGUCGAGCGGGCCUGCUGCUGCCGAAUCACCAGGCGGCGCCUCGCAGCCCGACGAAGAGCGCCCCUCGGCCGGCCCCGAGUACCUCAUCGUGCUGCUCUCGCCGCAGGACCAGAGCGCCGCGGCAGCCCUCGGCGUGCCGCCAGCAGCCGCCUCGCGAGGGCCUAGUCCAAGUCCGGCGGACGAGAAGGCCAAGACGGGUCUUGGUCGGGUGUUCGGCGGCGCGGCGGCCAAGGGCAGCGUCAUCGACAAGAUGAAGGCCGACUUCAACUCAGGCAAGCGGGAACGCAUCGUGCAUCUCACGCGCAUGCCAUCGCUGCCGGCUGGCGGCGCAUCGGCUGGCGCAGCACACAGCGCCGACCCAACGCUGUUCGCCGACCUGCUGAUGCGGCUCAAGGAGUGCGCCGGCGCCACCUUCGAUGGCCUCGUGGCGCUGCAGGAGGAGGAAACGCGGCGCGAGUGGCGCAACAAGGAGCUGCCGGGCUGGAGCUUGUGCAAAUGGGUCACGGGCAUGGAAUGCCUGGCGAACACAUUCGAGGGCGUCGGACUGUACAAAGAGUCGCUGUCCAAGUACGACGAGAUCGAUGGGGCGUUCCAGCAGUGCAUGAAUGAGCACAACCUCACGUUCUUUUCAUCCACCGGCGGCACGACGCCCGGCGACGACUCGGCGCUGCUGCUCGACGUGCGCAAGAAGCCGUACGCCGAGCUCAUCAUGCGCAACGAGAUCACGCUCUUCGACUUUCGCUGCUACGUCUUCGCGCGCCGUGCCGCGCUGCUGGGCAAGCUCGGACGCGUGGCGCAGGUCAUGUACGAGACGCCGCCGUUUCUUGCCGACGUGGGCGCGAUGCUGCGGGGCGGAGAUACGCUGCCGGCGCAUUUCAUCGAGUCGUGGAUUUUCUCCUCGUCGCUCGACGUCGUCGAGCAGUGCCAGGCGUGGCUCAUCGAGCGCGGCGACAUUGCCGCGCCGGGCAUGACCGAUGCCGAUGGCAGCGUGGACCGCAGCAUCGAGGGCCAGCUCAGUGCCGCGUUCCACGCCGCCAAGGCAGACCUGCUCGAGCUCGCACGCGCCCAGCUCGACCUCAUCGGCAUGGCCACGGGCCACCUGCCCACCACGCUGCCGUUCAGCCGCUCGCAACCGGCCACAGAACGCGAUCUGCCGGCCGUGCCUGCAGACGAGGCGCAGCGCGACCUGCCGGCGCUGCCAGAAGAGGCCAAGAAGAGCAUCGGCAAGAUGACGCGGCAGGAACUCCAGCAAGCUGUCGAGAGCUGCGAGAUCUUCGACUUGCACUUCGUCACACUCACGGAGCGCGUCAUUGCCUGCUCGGAGAGCGCCGGGCGGCGCGAAAGUGUGCUUCAGCUGCGGGCGGUGCUGGCAUCUCUCAACUUCUACCGGAAUCGCUAUGAGACGGCACUGAUGCUGCUCGGCAAGCUCGCCGAGAUGCACACCGCCGAGCGGGUGCCGCUCGACGCGCACCUGCUCGCCAAGCAGCUCGCCUGCCACGAGAAGCUCAGCAAGACGCGCGACCGUGCAUGGGUGCACAAUGCCGUCGCGCUGAUCAAGCGGCUAGCCGACGGCCGGCGACCCGGCGGCUCGCCUUCAACACACGCCGUGCCGCCUACGGCCGACGACCCAUCAGUGCGGUGGGGCAGCGAGGAGACGCUGUACAGCGAGCUGCGCAGCGUGCCGUUCGACAAGGAGGUGCCGAUCAGCCAGUUCACGCCGCUAAGCCUGCGGCCUGCGGCCAAGUGGGCAUUGCAGGCACAGGACCAAGACGGCUCGACGCUGGCUGGCCGCGUGCACUUCUCUGGCGUCGCGCCGCUCGAGGUCGACGACGUGCGCAUGUGCCUGAUCAGCGGCGACCGCGACCAGCUGUGGUUCACGAGCGGCCGCACCACGCUGCAGCCCGGGCUCAACGACGUCCGCCUGGCGUGCGCGUCGCCAGCGCCAGGCAAGUACAUCCUCGACGUCUCGCAGAUCCGCCUUUCGCGCAUCAUCUUUCAAUACGCCUCGCCGCGCGUCGUGCCGGGCGCCGUCGUCAUCGGCGUGCCCGAGGACGGCGAUGCCUUCGACGCGCGCAUCCAGAUGCCGCUCACGGUGCGGAUAGACGACCAGCGGCACGCCGACCUGCACAUCGACACUGGCCGUAACGACGUGCUGCGCGCCGAGAUCCGCGUCGCCCUCAGCGGGCCCAGCCGCGCCAGUGGGCUCGGUGGGCGCGUCCUCGCCGGCCUUGCCGAGGCGCAGCAGGCGACUGGCUUUAUCAAGCUGGAAGUCGCCGAGGAUGGCUCGCUGCUCACGCUGCGAGACCUGCCUGCGCGGUCAUCGCACUGCCUGCGAGUCCCGCUCUACGAGCUGUCGGCUGCGACAGGCGGCGUGCUGCAGCUGGCGCUGUCCAUCAGCUACUGGUCGAAGCAGCCGCGGCCAAAGGCGCGCCGCAUCUUCCAGCGGCAGGUCGACCUCGGCGUGGCGCUGCCGCUCGGCGUCAAUGUCCAGGACUACUUCCGCGCCGAGCGCCUCUUUUCCAAGUUCUCCAUCAGCGCCGGCUCGUCGUCGACGCUGCGCAUGGGCCCCGUCGAGCUUGUGCACGCCGACGAGAGCUCCAAGCCGGCAUUCGAGAUCAGUUCGCCCUCGAGCCGCCCGCGCAUCGUCAUCUCGGCGCGGCAGCCGGCGUCGUACGUCUUCUGCAUCAAGCGCAGCGCAGACGCAGCUGCGGCCUCUCCGCCAUCAGAGACAAAGCUGCGUCUCCUCUUGCGCUACCGCUCGAUGCACGAGGAGGCGCAGAAGCUCGUCUCGCGGCUGCUGGCAGCCAUUGUCGCCGACGGCUCUGUCCCUCACUCGCUCUCGGCCGGCCGCCUGCUCUGCAUCGAGCGUGCGCUGCUGCGCCUCGUCGAUAUCGCGCUCGACAUGCAGACGUUUGCCAGCACCGGAGCGCUGCGCGUCGGGUUGUUCGAGGAGGGCAUCUGGCGGCGGGCAUGCGAUCGCUGGGGCCUCGAGUCCGGCAGCGCCGACGCCGACGCCGCCGUCGCCAUCGUGAAGGAGGUGCUGCGGCGAGCGGCAGCAUGCACGCCCUUUGCGGCCGACGAUCUCGAGCAAUGGAACACGCUCUCGAUCCCAGUCGACAUUCCGCAGGUCGACAUUGUCAGCUCCGUCUCGCUCAAGCUGCACGACGGCGGCCAGCCAUUGAUCGUCGGCCAGCCCGUGCCGGCGACGCUUUCGGUCGAGACAUCGUUCGUCUGGGCCGCAUCGACACCCGAGAGCGCGUCCAAGAAGCCACCAGUCGGCGACGAUGCCCAGCCGGAAGUCAGCCCCGGCGUUGACGAGGCGCAGGAGGUCCGUCUGAUGUACGACGUGCAGGUCGACUACGAGUCCUGGGUCGCCAGCGGCGCCAAGAAGGACUCGUUUGCCCUGCCGCGCACCAGCCGCAGUGCAGGCACGCGCCCGCCGCCGGCGACGUUCAGCCUUACCCUCGUGCCGCUGCGUGCCGGCUCGCUGCUGCUGCCGCCGGUCAACGUGUGGGCGCUGCCGCCGGGCCACGACGGCGAGGCAUCCGCCGCCGAAGCCGACGGCGGUGCAGCGGCGCCGAGCUGUGCCACGCACCUCGCCGAGGGCUGCGCGCGUGUAGAGGUGCUCCCAAAGCGCGCCCCGCCGCCGUCCUACCAGUGGGCCGACGAGCUGCGGCGACGCAGUCUCGAGCUGCAGGCCCGCUGA